AUGUCUGGCUCUGUUGUCUGGGUUGUAUCGCCCAAGGAGAGCAUCAGGUGCUCGUUGCUGAACCAGUUCAUAGAGGUGAAGAGGCGGAGCUGGAGGAGAAGCAGCGUGGCGUGGAGCUUUUCUCGGCCGGCGCCCGCCUCAGGGCACUCGGUGCCCGCCAGCCUGGUCGUGACGCCGCCGAGGACCUCCGAGGAGCUGGUCUACGAGGUGGUCCUCAGGCAGGCGGCGCUGGUGGGCGAGACGAAGAGGAAGAGGCCGGCGACGGUGCAGCUCCCGCCGGUUCCUCUGCGAGGGGACCUCCUUUACGAGGCGUACGAGCGGUGCGGCGAGGUCUGCGCUGAGUAUGCCAAGAAUUUCUACUUGGGAACAUUGCUUAUGACUCCAGAGAGGAGAAGGGCUAUUUGGGCAAUCGAUGUGUGGUGCAGAAGAACUGACGAACUUGUCGAUGGACCCAAUGCUUCCCACAUGACACCCACUGCUCUGGAUCGGUGGCAGAACAGAUUGGAAGAUCUAUUCAAUGGCCGCCCAUACGAUCUGUAUGAUGCGGCUCUGUCAGACACUGUAUCGAAGUUCCCAGUGGACAUUCAGGUAAAGAAAGAUACUGAAAGCUAUCAACUUUCAAAGACACCUGAAGAUGACACAUAUCUCAUGUUGCUCCUCGUGCAGCCCUUCAAGGCCAUGGUAGAUGGAAUGAGAAUGGACCUGUGGAAAUCAAGAUACAACAACUUCGAUGAGCUCUAUCUCUACUGCUACUAUGUAGCUGGCACAGUGGGGCUGAUGAGUGUGCCAGUGAUGGGGAUUGCCCCAGAUUCGAAGGCCUCGACCGAGAGCGUCUACAACGCAGCCUUGGCUCUUGGCAUUGCCAAUCAGCUAACCAACAUACUAAGGGAUGUUGGAGAAGAUGCUAGGAGGGGGAGAAUCUACCUUCCGCAGGAUGAAUUGGCACAAGCUGGUCUAUCAGAUGAUGACAUCUUCAAAGGAAGAGUGACAGACAAAUGGAGGAGCUUCAUGAAGGGACAGAUUAGGCGAGCCAGGAUGUUCUUUGAGGAGGCCGAGAAGGGCAUAUACGAGCUGAAUUCAGCUAGCAGAUGGCCGGUUUUGGCUUCUCUGCUGCUAUAUCGACAGAUCCUUGACGCCAUCGAAGCAAAUGACUACAACAACUUCACAAGGCGUGCAUAUGUAGGAAUAGCAAAGAAACUGGCUUCAUUGCCCAUAGCAUAUGCCAGGGCACUUCGGGGCCCUUCCAGGUUUACAGGAGCAACAAGGACAUAAUGUUCACUUCCUCUCUCUACUCCCUCAGCACAAAGAUGUAUUUUUGUGUCACCAUUUUACUUGUGGUGAAAUCAAACAACUCCCAUCAUUUUUGUUUCUUUUGUACUUGAUUGGUUCUGAAUCCAUAUCAUAGUAGCUGUCAAUCUCA